UGUUAAGGAUACGAUGACCUUGCAUAAGAGAGGACUGGGUGUACACAAGGAGAAGGGAGAUGCAGGAAAUACUCCCUGGGUUGUAUUUAGGACCAUAUGCUGCAGCUCAAAGAAGCAAGUUACCUGUUCUGUUAGAGCAUGGUAUUACCCAUGUCCUUUGUAUAAGACAGGCACCGGAGGCAACCAUCAUUAAACCAAACUUUCCUGACAGAUUUCAGUACUUAGUCCUCGAUGUAGCAGACAAUGCAUUGGAAAAUAUCAUCAGACAUAUACCUACAGUGAAAGGCUUUAUUGACUGUUGUCUGCAAUCAGGAGGAAGGAUACUCGUUCAUGGAAAUGCUGGUAUCUCAAGAAGUGCUGCUCUUGUUAUAGGUUAUCUCAUGGAAACAUAUGGACUGAAAUACAGGAUUGCAUACCGUUUUGUGCAAGAAAGACGUUUCUGUAUCAGUGUGAAUGAUGGAUUUGCCAGCCAGUUGAAGGAAUAUGAGGCAAUAUUCACUGCAAGAAUGCAAGUUCCUUCUGGUAUGACAGAAAGAUUAGAUCUCAAAAGACCAUUGGAUGAUGAAGAAAUGGAACCAGAUUAAUGGUCCUGUGAUUACCAGCGAGAUUGUGCAAUCAUUCCCUUUAAGGAUUCUAUAUCAGCAGAAUCUAGUCCUGCACAUAGACCUGUUCCUAACCCUAUUCAUGGACUUGAACUUAGUCUUGGACCUGCAUAUCGACCCAUUUUGAACCUCUGUUUCUGGGACCUGAAUCUGAUUCUGGACCUGCAUAAAGACAUGUUCCUUGUCCAGGUAUUGACAACUUGUUCUACUUCUGAGAUAGUCUAUAGAAGUUUGAUUAGAAUAUAAUAGCAACUUGAAAUUUAAUUCAUCAUGAGGAUGAAUUAUAUGAUCUGUCUCUUGAUUCUCACAAUCAUUAUCAUAGUGUGAUAGUUGUGUCCAAACGAUCACAAUUAUUUCUUUUAUUGCCAUUAGAUCUUAGUAUGGUUUAUCAAUGGCUGAAUUUGAAUUCAAACCCCCCCCCCCCUAUCCUGUCUUCUCUCCAUCUCCCUUUGAUUAUUCCUUUUCUCCAUAUAUAGUAUGACUUUGACCAUUCCUUUUGCAUACUAAAACAUUCUAUAACUUUACAUUAAUAAAAUACACCAAAUUGUGUGAAAAUGAAUUUGGCAGCGUCGUCAACUUCAAAUCUUACCUGAAGGUUAAGUUUUUGAUGUGUCAUCAUAACUUAGAAAGUAUAUAGACCUUGUUCAUGAAACUUGGACAUAAUGGUUAUCAAGUAUAAUUAACACCCUGCCUGAGAUUCAGAUCACAUGACCAAGUUCAAAGGUCAUUUAGGGUCAAUGAACUUAAGAUUAUAUGUUGGGGGAAUCAAAACAAAAUCUUAACCAAGGUUAAGUAUUUUGAAUAUCAUAGCUCUGAAAGUAUAUGGAUUAGGGAUCUAGUUCUUGAAACUUGGACAUCAGUGAACAUCCUGCGUGAGUUUCAGAUCACAUGAUAAAGGUCAAUGAUCUUUGGCUGUAUUGGGGGUAUUUGUUAAAUUGUCAUCAUAACUUUGAAAGUUAAUGGAUCUAGUUCAUGAAAUGUGGACAUAAGAGUAAUCAAGUAUCACUUAUAGUCUUGCACAAAUCUUUGGUCACAUGAUCAAGGUCAAAUGUCAUUUAGGGUCAGUGAACAUAGCAUUUUAUCAAAAUAUUUUUUGUGAAUGAUUAUUCUAAAGUUGUUUUCAAAGUCAGCACUGCUGCUAUAUUGAAUCGCAUAAUGCAGGCGAGACUGCUAGAGGCACUCCACUUGUUUUUACUUGUUAUGAAGAUUGAAGAAUGAAGGCCAAAAAAUGUGUGUUAUUAACAUUUUAUAUGUGUCAAUGUUCUUCAUGUUGCAUACAUCUUUACUGGUAUGUCUUUAAAAGGAGAAUAAGUUUGAAUGGAUUAAAAGAAGAAAUGGUAAAUUAUGAUGAUGAUUUACAGCAUCCGAUUGUCAAGCAGAAAAUAAGAGUAACUGGUAAUUGCAAAUUUUAGCAAAUUUUUAUUCAAGCUUAAAAGCCAGUUGUGACAACAAUCUCAAAAUUAUUUCAAACAGAAUUAUAUAAAAUGAAUACCCAAGUGUUUGUGUAAAUGUACAAAAAAGAAUAUGUACCAAAUUAUUCUGAUAGACAAUGUAAAGAUAAAUCAGCAAAAUAAGCAUGAAUUCCUGGCGGGUGACAGGUCUUUCUGAUGCACAUCUACAAUGGUAUGGUUACAAUUGACCAGUUUCUCAUGAAAUUAUUGUUUGUUGUGACUUCUCAAGUGUAACUUACCCUAUCUAGGCCGGGGGGGGGGGGGCCUCGGAGGUCCCCCAAUGAUUGGCGCUAUAUUUUCGCCGCGCAAAUUUUUUUUACCGUGCCGAUCGCUGACUUUUUACUUUCAAGUCUGCACAUCUUUUGAGACCAAUUUUGGGACGCCCGGGUACACGGUUUCAAGAUUACGCAAUAUUUUGUAAGUGCAUGUCGGACCAAAAAUUGCUCAAAAACGUGAUUUCUUGUACAAAUUCAAUUGAUGUAAAUUGUGUUUUCAACCAAAAAUCAUAAAUGCAUGAUUAUUUUUAGUUUUGCUGGUCUAAAUGGAUUUACUUUAUGCUGUUUAUGAUCUCAAAAGAGUCCCCAAUUAAGUUUUUUUUAAUGAAAAACAAAAGGUGAAAAAAUAAAUACAUAAGAAAUUGCAAAAAAAAAUAUAAUAGGAAAUUAACCUGAUAUCGCAAUAUUUUUCAUGUACAUUUGCUAAAAACACUAUAAAGAGGUUCUAUACCUGAAAUUAGAACAUUGGAAUGUAUAUUUAGGGAGUUAGAGGAAAAAGUAUGAUUUUACAUACUAAUUACGCAUAAAUUAGCAUAAUCACUUAAAAGCAAUUUGCAUGCAAUAAAUUACUAUACAAUUUUGUAGAUUAUGUCCCAGACAAUCUGCGUGCCAAUUUUUGGCGCAAUCGACGGCCGAGAUCUCAAGGGGGGCCUGCAAAGCCCCCUCCCGGCCACAUUAUCUCCCGAAAUACUAGUACCCCAGACUAGAUAGGGUUAAAGGUCAAGUCCACCCCAGAAAAUGUUGAUUUUAAUCAAUAGAGAAAUAUCAAACAGGCAUAUCACUGAAAAUUUCAUCAAAAUCAGAUGUAAAAUAAGAAAGUAACAACAAUUUUAAGUUUCGCUUAUUUUUCACAAAAAAGUAACUCCGUGACGUGCAAUUGAGAGAGUCGAUAAUGUCCCUCACUCACCAUUUCUUUUGUUUUUUAUUGUUUAAAUUAUUAUAAUAUUUCAAUUUUUACAGAUUUGACAAUAAGGACCAACUUGACUGAACCAUAUAAUGUUAAAACAAUCAUGGUAAUACUAAUACCACAUGUUCAGGGAGGAUUAACACUUUGUUUCACAGGACAACAAGGAGAAAAUUUGAAUAUUUCACAUUUCAUAUAAUAAAUUACGAAAGAAAUUGUGAGUGAGUGAUGUCAUCAGUUCCCUCAUUUGCAUACCAACCAGGAUGAGAAUAUAACUUUCUUUUUUUAUUAAGCGAAACUUUCUCUUUUUAUUCAAAUCAACUUUUUGUUGGGGUGGACUUGUCCUUUACAGUGAUAGUCAACUGGCAUAAUAAAUGGUGCCAUCUUAGGCGUGAUUCAUAUGAGUGCCUAUCCCAUAAUCCAUUUUGCCCUGUAGAAGAGUAAAGGUGCUUGUUGUGUAUCAGUUUAUAGGCUAAUUAAGGCUAAAUGUUAAAGGGGUUCUUUAUUGCACUCUUCCAAAUCUCACAUGAGAAUGGAAUUUCUGAGUUGAGCAUACUUUGAUAUCUGAAAACUCUGAAUUAUAUAGCAAUUUAUGCAGCAAAUUGUGUGCUGACCAUGAAUGCCUUCCAUUUGCCAUGUUCAUUUAAUUAAAAAACACUUUAUUCUUUGUCCCAAGUAACAAGAAAUAUUUGUUUCAAAUAUUUGUUUCUAUGCUUUUCAUUAUCAUGUUGAGCUGCAUCUCUGAUUAGAGAAAAAGUAAUGAAUGGAAAUCAAAGUUCAUCAUUUUAGUACUGAGUAGAUUGCAGUAGAGUUUGUAUAAUAUACAAUAUAUUGUUUUUACCUGGAGAAUCCAUUGCUUUCUUGUUUCUCUGCUUGUUCUAAUUUAUCUACUUUUAUCCAAACAAAACUCUAUAAAGGAUUAACUAUCCUUCAACAAAAUUUAGAGAUGUUGUUUUAAUGUAUUAAGCACUACAUGCAGUAUAUGAAAGAUAAAAGCAUUGUUAUUACGUUCAUCGUUGUGGAAAUAUAGUGCCAUGUGUAUUGUUCAAUUAUAUUUAUUUGUACAGUAUUAAAAAAAAAUCAUGUUAUCUUAUUGGAUAGGAUUACAGCAAACAGCUGGACACUUUGGUUGACUUCCUUUUUUGAGGGAUUCAAUGUAAAAAAAGGUGUUUUAAUUGAUCAUUUUCUAACCUCUCAGAAUGAAUAAUUUCAUGAAAAUACAAAUGCUGUUGCACUAGUUGUAUGUGAGCAGUCAGUUGACAAUGUGGAUAUUGCCUUUGAUUUACUUAAGUUUUGUAUUUUACAAUGAGAUACUGAAAGAUUUCUUUUAUAGCUUUAGCUUGUAAAAUUAUAUAGAUUCUAUGUAUUGAUAUUCCUUUAAAUGCAGCUUUUGAAUUGUGCUUCCAUUUUUUGUUCAGUAUGUUGGUUUUGUAUACUUUUUUUUACAAAUUGUUGACAGGGGAAAACAAUUUUCCCAAGAGAUCACUGUAAAGUUUAACCAACUGGAGAAUUAUUCAGAUUUUAGCAAAAUAAAAUGUUUGUGCAUACUGUUUAUCUCUGCAUAGGGGGAUAUGGUAUCUAUUUAUCUCUUUUUAACUUCUCUACUUUUCCUCUUCUCUUUUUUUUCUUCUCUUCUUUUUCUCUUCCCCUCCUCCUCUUUCUACUUAUACUCCCCAUUUUCAAUCUCUUCCUCCUCCCCUUUUUUCGGUUUCUUCUUAUUUAUUUGUAGUUCAGCAAUAUUUCUACCAAGCCUUUCAAAUUCAUUAUAAUGUAGACAAUAAUUCAUUCACAAAACAUAUAUACGGUACGAGAAACAAAAGUCAAUAAUUAAGGUUUACACGUCCAUUCGUUGUUUAUUUGUAAAUCCUUAUUAGUAGUAUGCCGCUUCGUAUCAAAUACAAUUUUGUUGAAAAGACCUGUAAUGUUCACAUUGUACUAAGUUUGUAUAGAAGUGUUGGUCAUGUCCAAAAUAUUUUUGUACUUUUCAAAUUCAUCUUGUACAUGUAUUCUCUUUUUCAAAGAUCAGCAAAAGCAAGUAUUGAGAAAGUAAGUUACUUCAUAGUUUAGCCUAUCUUCAUGUUUGAAUUUUGAUAUCAUAUUAUUAUCUUUGGCAAGUUAAGGUUAUAUAUGUAUCAGUUUUGUCAGAUUAUUUUUGGUACAUUUGGCAUUAGUGUUAAUAUAUUGUGCACUGUAUUUAUGAGCAAUACAGAGCCAUACAUUGUUGAGGGCAAUAUAUUUUGUAUUAAUAGUAAUACUAAUUUUCAAAUGUCAAAUGAUGUUCCUGGUUCUUGCCAUUUACCAUUCACUGCUAUAAUUAUUUACAUAUUUUUGUAUUGGUAGAUGAAAGAGUUUAUGAUUGAAUAAAAUAGUGGAAAUAACUAUGAAGACAUAUUA